UAUUCUUUUUAGGGCAUUCGAGAUCUUCCUCCUUGCCCCUCUUCAAUCUUGUUCGGAAGAGCUUUACUUGUAUCAAUCAAAUCGAUAACGGAAACCAAAUUCAAACUCUUUGUUCCUCUCUCUGUUCGUCUGUUCUCGGUCCAGAAGAAACAAAAUGACGUUGGUAUUACAUGGAGGGAGGGGACGACGCAGAAGUGUCAGAUGUGGGAGUAGACUGUGUAGUUCAUGGUCCGGCUCACGGUCGAUGGCAGAGCUGCCAAAAGAGUCUGAUUCCGGUCCCUCACUGCAAAAGAAUCCAUAUGGAUAGAAAGAAAUAGAUCUCUGAAAUUGAGGAUAAACCUUCUGUGGUGGUGGGUCCUAUUGUCCUAUGUAAUACAAGACAUUUGAGGAGGAUAAUCCCACAAACAGAGAAUAUAUAAGAGCUCUUGGAGUCGGUUAUUUUUUCCCCGUUCAUGGAAAUAUACAUGCUGCCAAAUGAAUUUCACCACCUUGGGACUUGGGUAGCACCUCGACAAUGAGAAUUGAUGCUUCCCUAGCAGGGUGUCAGGUUGGAACUAUGUGUUCUGUGAGAUUGUUUUUUUUUUUUGUAGCUCCAGUUGUUGCUGUUGCUGAUUUUAAUUGAUAAGGCAUUCUGAUUCCAUGAGUUACAGACUAUUAGGUGCUGUAUGAUUCAAGCUAUGGAAAGGCAAGCAAAUGUGUUUAUCUACUCAGCCUCUCAAUUGAUUGUUCAAAUAUAACUAUCGACCAAGAACGCAUGAUCAAAAUAUCCUUUUUAUGGGCUCAGCGAGUUUAUAUAUAUAAAUUUUUUAUGUAAAUAGCAGACUGUGGAUAGAUAACUAUGCUCCAUAGCUAGAGAGAAUCUCUUUUGGAAUAUUUCACUAUUAGUUAUCAUGUUAAGAGUCUUACAUAUAAGAUUAUUUUAUUAUUCUCAACUAUGACCAUGGGCAAUUUCAGCAAUUUCAGGAAGGUGGCUAUUAGUUAGCAUGUUAAAAGUCUUACAUAUAAGAUUAUUUUAUUAUUAUUCUCAACUAUGAUCAUGGCCAAUUUCAACAGUUUCAGGAAGGUUGAACACAAGCAUAAAGAUAAAAGUUCCUGCUCAUUAAAUAAGCUCCCCUAGUUUCUUAAUCUCUCUAUAUUGGUAAAGUUAGAUCUUGUGAUUCAUUUGCCUCGUGCAUAAAUGAUAGUUUGGCAUAUAUUUAAAACUCAAAAGACAAGAAAACUUUGGCAUCUUUGGCUUUUCUGGAUGUACCAAACUCUGUCUAUACAUUGUAUUUUUUUUACCAUGAGAACUGAAUAAAUGGAGAUUUGUUAAUCCUAUAUCUAUUGUAUUUUUGUCUGAUAUCCACUGAAGGCAUGCACCUGGUUUGGAUAUUGUGGUUCAACGUGAUAUAUUGUCAUUUAGUGUGAGAUAAUUAUGUUAUUUAUACUCAACAGGUACUAGGGAAAAAUUAUUCUUAAUAAAAUAACCAGGAAACAUAAAUGUUGCAUUAGUUAUCUUCAUGUCUUAGACUGACACUUUGGCAGCGAUCGAGUAGUACUAUUUACCAUUUGUUUUGUUGUUUGUGACCUUACGCUGCGUCGAUAUGAGCAUUCAAGACUCUGUAACCUCUUUUGGUGGAUAACCAAGGGACCUAGUAGAAAGACAGUAGGUGAGAUUAAUCAGGGAUCAAGUUUCACACCAAAUCAUGCUUCUGAUAAUGUAUUCCUUUCCAGAACAGUGUGGUAAAUGGUUUAAAAGGAAAUUCUUUAUUUCAAUCUUUGCAAUUCAAGUACAUAUAACAGAUGAAAAUUUUCGAAUAAGAUAACCUCACACAAUGCAAAGAACUAGCUCAAUAACUCUUUUUUUUUCUACCUUUUUUUCUCUCAUUAUCUGUGUUUCUGCUAACAAUUAAUGAUGUUCCCAGGCUCCAAGUUGAAAGAAGAUUAGCAACAACUGGAACCAGAAUUGCAGUAUCCAAAAUGCAAUUCAACAAUGGGUAAAAGACUAGUCUUUGCCUCAAGGUAAACUGCAAGCAAAAAAGAUUGGUCUGACAUCAACGUAAAUAAUUAGUACUGCGCCACAAAGAAACAAACACAAAGCACAAGAACUCUUCAACGACAAUCAAUUGUUCCUCGGCAUGGUAAAUUACAACAAGUCUCGACUCCGUCCCGUCUCUACCGGGGUCUGGUGCUCCGCGGUGAUGGAAAAGCGAUGAGGAUCCUGCUUCCUCUUCUCCAGCCAUGCCGCCCUCGACGUCGACCUCCUCCGCCUCUUCCGGCUGCUUCGACCUCCACUGCACGGAGGACGCCGGCGAACUCGCCGGUUACCGCGGCGACGCCGGCGACUCCAUCUCCGUAGAGGGCGAGGAGGCGGCCGCGGACACGGCUGGUUCAGUUCGCUUCCCCGUCGAGUCGGUCGACCCAGCCGCCCGGCGCGACGCCGUCGACUGGAUUCUUAAGGUGCGCGCUUGUUAUCGGUUCAGACCACUGACGGCGUACCUCGCCGUUAUUUACGUGGAUCGUUUCCUUGCUUCUCACCGCUUGCAGCAAAAUGGUUGGGCACUGCAACUUCUAUCAGUGGCUUGCCUCUCUCUAGGGGCAAAAAUGGAGGAAACACUCGUUCCGACCCUUUUGGACCUGCAGGUUGAGGAUGCAAAAUUCAUCUUCGAGCCUCGUACUGUGCUUCGCAUGGAGCUUCUUGUGCUCACUGCAUUAGAUUGGCAGCUUCAAACUGUAUCUCCCUUCAGUUUUGUUGAUUUCUUUGCUUGUAAGAUUGAUUCAUCUGGUAAACGAGCAAGAGUCUUGGCUUCGAAGGCCACACAAAUCAUAUUAGCAGCAAUGCGAGAGAUUGACACUGCAAGCCAUUCCCCGUCGGCUCUUGCUGCAGCUGCUGUAAUCUGUGUAAUAAAUGAGACUCAGGAUCUGGCCGUCGUUAAUCCUACAAUUGCAGCGACAUGGUGCAUUGGACUUACUGAGGAGAGAAUCUCCAAUUGUUAUCGAAUAAUGCAACAAGCAGUUGUAGAAAGAAGGCUCAGCAAAUCUUCACUGAUUCUCUCGCAGCAAAGGGUACCUUGUCCAUCUAAAAGGGACUCCGUGCUCACAUCUUCAUCCUCAUCUCUGCCGACUAAGCGAAGGAAGAUUAACAAACAGAAUCGCCACUGAGUGGCUGAUGGAAUGAGUUUGCUAGAAAUAUAAAAUAUGAACCUUAGGGAAUAAGAGAGCAAGUUGUAUUUAAGGAUUAAGUAUCAUUUUGUUUUUAUAGAUUCCUCAGUAUUUCAUGCAGGAGUUUGGUUUGCUUCCAAUCUAGUGAGGAAGGAAUUUUCUUCUCUUCCUUUUUAAUCCUAGAAGUCAUUUCCUUUGUUGGUUUUUUUUUAAUUUUUAUAAUAAUCCAAGUGUCCUGGGCUUUAGAGUCGCAUAUCCCCCAAAGGGAGGGGGGUCUGCCAUUAUUUUGUGUAGUGCUAAGUGUGAAGAUUUGUGUUCCUUUCUGAUGGCUGUGGGGUCUGUUGCAAAUAGAGAAUGCAUUGAUUGUUGAAUGGAAGAGAGCCUCUUCCAGCUGGUGGUUCUUGUUGUAAAAAUACUAAAUUCAAUAUUCAAGCAGGAUACAAGAUAACUUAUUAUGGCA